AUGGGGAGAGGGAAAGUGGAGCUGAAGAGGAUAGAGAACCCUACGAACAGGCAGGUGACCUUCUCAAAGAGACGCAAUGGGUUACUGAAGAAAGCCUUCGAGCUCUCCAUCCUCUGUGAGGCCGAGGUCGCCCUCCUCCUCUUCUCCCCUUCCGGCAAAUCCUUCCACUUUGCCAGUCACGAUAUGGAAAGGACCAUUGGGAGAUACAGGAGCGAAGUAGGACUUCCACUGCCAGACAACCACUCUACAACCAUUCAGCUUUGGAGGACUGAAAUUGAUGAAUUGAAGAGAACAAUAGGAACCUUGGAAACAAAACAGAAGAAUUUAGCUGGAGAAGAUCUGUCGGUGCUGGGGACGAAAGAGCUAAAACAGCUUGAGAGACAAUUGAAGAUCGGUGUGGAACGUGUCCGGUCCAAAAUUCGGCGCGUUAUUUCGGAGCAUGCUAGCUCUCUGAAAAGAAAGCAUAGAGCCCUGCAAGAGGAGAACGCCCGUCUUCAAAAAACACUGUUCGAGGUGAACGCAAACCACAGAAUAUUUGGAAUGGGAACGUAUGCAUUUGGUGUGUAAUCAAAGCUUUAAGCAGAUUGAAG